AUGACGGGACCUUCAGGUGUUCCGGGGAAGCUCUUAUGCUGGGUUAUAGGACUGCUUCUUGUGGGACCCCAGCUUUCUCAAAGUCAAAAAGCAUGUGAUCAGGCACUUGGUCUGGAAUCAGGGGAUGUAAAGAGGGAGCAGCUGAAAUCCUCCCCAACAAGGGCGGAUCUAGAUAUAGAAUAUGGGCGUUAUAACUGUUGUUCAGAGAAAUCAUUUGCUGCUUGGUGUCCCUCAAAUGUGACAGCGGAGAAUUGGUACGAGGUAUCCUUCAGUGGACCUCAUAAUGUCACCGGUAUCAGAGUGCAAGUGCCUGUCAACAAUGUCUCAACACACGACCCCUACCUCACAGAAUUCUACGUCUUCCUUGAAUACGCCUCCGCAAAGCUGGGGAGCCUGGAGAUGCUUCAGCUAUCUGGAAAUAUUUCUGUUUUUGAGACAAGCAAAACAGACAACGAAACAGAAUUUAGUUGGCCGGGAGAACUGGUGCGAAGGGUUAGAAUUAUGGUCAAAAACUACACAACAGAGCCCUGCUUCAGAUUUGAGGUCAUCGGAUGUCCAAUCGAUGCUAUUUCAGAAAAUGUGGUCCCUGUUGGAAUUGAGCAACCCAAACUUCAGUUCAGCUUUAACAGUUUGUCUGAUAUGUCAAUGGAAUGUCAGGUGCAGGAUAAGAAAGUCUAUGGAAUACAAUACUGGAUUACUUGGAGUGUUAAUGGUCAACAAAGAAGGCGUGUCUUGAUGGGACCUAGUAUUUACAGUUCUACACUUCAGUUAUCAACACUAGAUUUUAAUUCCUUAGUUUCCAAGAUUGAGUGUUCAGUAGAAGCCUGUUACAGCUCAGACUGUGUCAAUAUCACCAGCUCCAAAGUAAACAGUGACCCAUUCAGACCUGAAGUCAUUGUAAGAAGCAGUGAAUCUCUGACAGUAAAAGAGGGGGGACCUGCCCAAGAAAUCAAAGUUCAAGCCACUGUUCCACCAUCCUUAUUUUGUCUGGCUGCAGGAAAAGAUGGUGAUUGUACAGUUGCUGUUAAGGCCACUACAGAAUCACUUGAAAGAAGUCCUCCAACUUGUUCACAAGAUGUGGAGCCAGCACAGGUUGUGUUUCCUGAGAGAGAGGACUCCACAGAGUCUUGCAACGUAAAAAUUACUGAGUCUAACUGGAGGAAUGUGAUAAGUAUCCCAAUACAGGCUGCUCAGGAUGGUGUUGUUGAUGGAAACCAAAGAGUUCAGGUGUCCCUGACCAACAGAAUUGACACUGUCACUGACAUUAACACAGUCAAAACAGUAGACGUGACAGCAGAAGACUCAGAUGAAGGAGCCAGGUGUUCACUGCUGAGUUUAGGACAACUCAGCACAUUUGAUAACACUAUGUAUAACACUCACCAGUCAGGAGAAUAUGUCCUCUACAGACAUACCCAGUACCCCAUACAGGUGAAUGUAUUUGUCAAUAGCUGUGGCACUAACUUUAUGUGUGUAUGUGGAGUGUCGGUCAGGGUUGGUGAUGAUGUGAUUCGUGUUAGUAACUGUGAAGGAAAUCCACAAAACAGAAAACCUUUAAUCAAACAGCUGUUCUAUGGAGUACCAGUAAAUCAGGAUUUCAGAGUUGUCACCUCUAAUUCUGGAGACUCCGUCACAAUUAUCCUACCAAGUGGAGCAUUUCUGAAAGUGAGAUUAGCCAAUGAAAAUUCACUCAGCAUUUGGUUGUAUCCCUCGUUACAAGAUUUCAAUAUGACAGAAGGUCUGUGUGGUAACUUUGAUGGAUCAAUGAAUGAUGACCUCAUUCUUAGAAAUGGUUCUGUAUAUACACAGUCUGGAAAUAAGUAUCUCCAGGACUUUGCUUCAGAUUGGAGUGUUGCUGGUGAGGAGAGUUUGUAUACAGGUAUCUGUCCUGGACUGAAUGUCUCCCAGGGACUUCCAGAGAACAAAAUGUGUGACUGUUCUGGUACUGAUGUGUUCAGCUGUAGUGUGUGGAAUCUCAACAGGGACUGCCAGGCUUAUAGAAAGUACAAAACAGGAAUGGACUACACAGAUCAAAUGUUUAGAAGUGGUGUUUAUGCAAAGAACUGUCGCCCCAAUACUACCAUUCCAAGAUUUAUGCAAAUUGACUACGUAUCAAAGCAGAAUUAUCAGUUUGUACAAGAUGAGGCAGCAUUUCCUGCAGGGUGGACGGCUCAGACAGCCAACGAAAGUUGUGUUCAGCACAUACAGAAGUCUGCUGUUUACAGAGAAUGUCAGAACGUGAUCAAUGUGGACAGUCAGCACUAUGUGGAUAUCUGUGUGGAGAAUAUCAGGAUAUCCAAUGACUCGUCCUGGAUUAGCACUAUAGAUUCUGUAAUGGAGGAGGACUGUGUAUACCAGCUAGACAGAAACUACAGUGUGGGGGUGGUCGUGUCUGAUGUGCAGUCGGGCCUCUGUCCAGAUAACUGUUAUAAUAAUGGGCAAUGUGUUAAUGGAGAAUGUCGGUGUAAUGAGGAUUUUAUUGGCUACAAUUGUAAAGUGAACAAGACAGUCCCUCCCACUCUGACCUUCCUCCCCAAUGAGGGAAUCUGUAACACUCUAAUGUCCAGCUGUAGACAUGUGUUUGUUUAUGGGGACACAUUUGUUAACAGUCCACAACUUACCUGCUAUGCUGAACCAGUGAAAUUGUUUUCUUCACCAAACCAAGGAGGGUACAACAAAAGUGGUGCUUUGGAAGAAGUCCCUAUAACUUCCAGAUAUACUGGUGCCACUCAGUUGGCAUGUUUUUUGCCAACUUCAGAACCUUACCUUUUAUAUGUCAGCAAUGUCAACACCUCCACCAUUAAAUCCAAUCCUUUGUUGUGGUUGCCUCACAACCCAGCCUGCUACAACUGUUCUGCCAAAUCCGAAUUUUGCUUCAUGAAGGAUGAUGUAUGUGUGAUUGAUGGAGUGUGUUACCUGAACAUGACAGAAAAUGCUAAGGACCCCUCCCAAGUGUGUGACCCACAAAAAAGUCAAACAGAAUGGUCUAACAGGACAAGCCUGUGUCCCUUCUCCAUGAUGCAAUGGAUAGAGAUGAAUUCAACAACUCUGGUUUUUCACAACGAUAAAAUCAUCUCAAACAUUGCUAAUCUAGAUGACUGUCGCAAUGAAUGUGUGACUGAGAAGGAGUUUAGAUGUCAGUCUGUAGAGUACAAUGCUGAAACAAAAGAUUGCCAGUUGUCUCGUAUUCAGGUCCGCGAAGCUGAGAGCUAUUUACUGCAGGGAGAUUUCAGUGAAGGGUGGACUUACAGUCACUGGUAUUGUACAAAAGAUCCAUGCCCAUCCAAGAAGAUUGAAUGGAAUCGUGAUUCUAAAUAUGAAGGUUAUUUCACUGCUGACAAGGACCUUGAUAUCCUGUAUGAUGUAUGGAGGUAUGAGGACUGCCGUGGACUAUGUGAACGUGAACCAAUGUGUAGAGCCAUUAAAUUCUCCCCGGAGAGGGGGAUAUGUACUCUCUCUGAUGGAGCACGAAGAAUUGACAUGGCUACAGGAACUUAUCAAAGCUACCCUGGUUGGGAAUAUCACUCAUUUACAUGUGAAGAAGAGAAAGAAAUAGGACCAACUGUUAUGAAUGCUGAAGUUAAACCCAUAUACUCAGGUUCAGGUCAGGAUGAGGUCAUUUGUGAAUUUAAUAAACUAAAUGAUGCCAGGGAAGUUAAUUAUUACAUCCUUUGGAGGGUUGAUGGGAAAUAUUUGUAUGAAGAUACUAAUGUCACAGAUCAAAAACUUCCCUCACAGCUGGCUAACAGCAUUAAAGAUGGAACAAAAAUUUUGUGCUCGGUGAGUGCUUGUUACAAUGGUUCGUGUGACUCCAGAGGGAAACUAUUCACCUCCAAAGAGUAUGUGGCUACACUGCAAAUCGUAGGCAGAGACAACAUUGACCUCCCAGAGGGAGCAGACCCAGAAAUGUACGAGAUCACCCCCACAGCUCCCCCAUAUGUCCUUUGUAGAGAUCAAUCACUGAGUGCCCCUGAUAACUGUAGUAUAAGAUUGAGCACCAAGACUCCACUGGAUAACAGUGAGCUGAAGUGUCCAGGAGGAAAAAUUAUCAAACAGUUGGCUGUCAGCAUGUAUCUUAAGUCUGCAGACCAGAAGACUCCAGUUUGUUCAAUGAAGAUAACCAAUGACAACUGGAUGCAGGCUCAUUAUAGUGUACAACUAAAGGCAACAACAGACAACAAGUAUGAUGGGGAUCAUGUUAGACAGAUGACAUUGAUGGCUGAUUAUCUGGUGAAUGAUAAAGCAGAGAGGGAAAAUGUCACUAAAAAGGAUGUUAAGGUUAAUGUAUUGGAUAGAGACAGGAGGGCCCUGUGUAUAUCUGUAAAUGAUCCUCACAUCACCACAUUUGAUAUAAGAUAUAUCAACAACUUCUUUGAGGGAGAAUUUGUCUUGUAUCGACACAAGACACUUCCAUAUUCCGUCCACACAUUCUAUAGGAGUUGUAAUGGCCGAGCUUCCUGUAACUGUGCCGUGGCAGUGAAGGCAGAUGAUGAUGUCUUAUUGGUCGAUAAAUGUGGCCCAACAGAAUCUAGCACUGGGGGAUUUUAUCCAAUAACAAUCAAGCUUUUCAGAAAUGGGAUCUUAACACCAGGUUUCAAGAUCUACAGUUAUUAUGAAGGACGUAAAAUUAAGGCAAUCCUGCCAACUGGUACUACAGUGAACAUCAAACGCAGCGUGAUCAGGGGACAGAACUUUCUUAAUGUCUGGCUCAAAGCUUCAGCUGCUGAUUACAACAAAACAGAAGGACUUUGUGGCACAUUUAAUGACAACAAAGAUGAUGAUCUAACCAUGCCAAAUGGAACAAUUUCCAUGGAAACUUCUAAACAAGCACAUGGAUUUGCAUUAAGUUGGAGGGUGGAUCCCAAGAGAACUAUUUAUACAGGAGUUUGUCCAACAGUGAGAACUGCAAAUGAGGAAGUUCAAACCACCCAGGAAUCUUACUGCUUUUGUGAUCAGUCCAAUGACUGUGCACCUGGAAAUGAUGUCACUUCUUGUCCAAUUGAAUUUGAAGAUUCUGAGGACAUCACUAAUUCUCUGCUGUUACGGUCUCUGUUCCCUACCAAAUGUAACAGAGAGCUUGCCCAGUCAACUUAUCAAUACCCAGAUUUUGAGUACACAGCCAAUGAUAUACCUUUGGUGUUGACUUGGCCUACAAAGAGUGGACUUAAAGAGAGUCAAGCCAGGGGUUUAUGCCAGGUCAUCUAUAUUCAAAAUUCAAAUGCAGCCAUGACAUGUAAAAAUAUCCCAGGAGUGGACGAUGAGGCAGCAACUGAAAACUGUGUGGAGGAUAUCCAGAUAACAGAUGACAGUCGUUGGGGUUUUACAGCUGUAGAGAACAUUAAGGAGAUGUGUGAGGUACAUUUGAUGUACAAUGUUAGUCUCUGGACCACAUCUGCAGGGGAGAUAAAUCCUGCACCACCUGACAAUGUAAUGUCUCAGCUUUGCUUAGCAGAAUGUGGAGGUGCAGGCACCUGUGAAAAUAGAACAUGUAAAUGCCAGGCUGACAGAGCUGGCUUGGACUGCUUUGUGGAGAGAUUUACCGCUCCUAAUUUGUUUUAUCUCGGUGGCAAUGGCCUGUGUGACCUGAGGACCAGUCCCUGUGAUCUUAUUACCAUCUACAAUAACAACACUGAAAACAGCCCAUUGCUGAACUGUCAGUUCACAAAACUAGAGCAAAAUGAGACUGGCUUCAUCUUAGAUCCAACAAGCAUGAAAUCAGUUAGUGCCAAUUAUGUGACAUUUAAUGAACUGACAUGUAAACCACCGACUGUUGGAAGUUAUGAAGUGAAAAUAGGUAACAACGGAGCUAAUGAAUCAAGUGGCAGCAGUGGCCCCGCCUACUUUUUGGUCUAUGACUCACUGUGCUUUGAUUGCAACAUCAACACUCUCACAUGUCAACAGAAGACCACUGCAUGUCUGAUUGAUGGAAACUGCUAUGAACCAGGGGAGUAUAACCCCCAAAAUGCUAGGCAGUUCUGUGAUCCUAAAGUCAACCAUACAGAGUGGCAGCAAGCUGAGGAUUCUUGUGAACUCCUUGAUCUGGAAUGGUUUGUAUACAACAUGAAGAAGUUGAAUAAAGGCUUUGAGAUUGAGAGUGUGGAUUUGGAUGGAAACCUGAGCCGCUGUGAUCGAGCUUGUCUGGAUUACUACACCAAUCCUGUUUGUCACAGCUAUGAUUUAGACAGUUCCACUAACAACUGUACACUGAUGACUGCUGAUUAUAUCUCUAAAGCUACACCACUAGAGGAGUCAGCUGAUAAUCUCCACAGAGAAUGGCAGUGUCAUAAUGAUCCAUGUGGAAAAAGAGGCAUUACCUGGAUCAAAGAACCUGGUUACGCCAUUGACAAGUAUGAUGAUAAAACAAUAAACAAUGUCCUAACAGCCACAGGAUGUAAACAGCUCUGCUUGAUGGAGAAGUCAUUCUUGUGUAAAUCUGUGGAGUAUUUGGCUGGGAUGGGAAAAUGUGUGUUGUCCAGGUCACAACGGCAAGAUGUGGCACCCUCUAAUUUCAUCAGGUGGCCCGGUUAUGUGUAUCAUGAGUGGUCAUGUAAAUCAGGAAAUGACUAUCCAAUCCUGCCUGCAAAUCCUGAAGUGACACUGGCUCAUCAAGGAGAAAACACAACUCUUGUUUGCAAGUUUCCCACUGUAAAUAAAACAGAGGACCUUACAUACACUGUUCGCUGGAUCAUUAAUGGUCGGGUAGUGGAAGAAACAAUGCUGAACAACCAAACAGAAAAUGUGGCACUUUACAUGAAUAAGACGUAUCUACACAGUCAUAAGUUUGGCACAAAGUUUGCCUGUGGUGUGUCUGUUUGUCUGUCCAGUAGCUGUAACACAACAACUGGGGCCUUUAGGAGAAGUGAACAAAUCGAGAUUAAACUGGAGGUGACCCCAGAGAAGUCAUUGACCCUGAUUGAGGGUGAGACUGGUAAGCCAGUGUUGGUCCAGAUGACUGUUCCUCCCUCCUUCUUAUGCCCCCUUGACACCCCUCAUGAGGAGUGUUCUGUUCUGGUGUCCAGUAGAGCUGUCAGGAAUGAGAAGACAUUGACCUGCAGAGACAGAUCUGACAUGCAGCAGGUUGUGAUCAAGUCAGUGACAAGAUCUGUAAAUGAUUCCUGUGGAUUUAUGAUAAAUAAUACAAACUGGAGGAACUCAUUUAAGCUAAUGCUGAAAGCUAAAAUUGAUGGUCUGUAUGAUGGUGAUGUUAUGCAGGAUGUCAAAUUACUGGGGAAGGUUGUCAUCAGUGGAAACACUUCAAGAAGUUCAGACCUUCAUACCCUCAGUGCUACAGUUGAAGACAUGGAUCGUCCAUCCUUAUGUAGAUCUUUGAAUGGACCACAUAUUACUACUUUUGAUGGAAGAUACUACAACAAUUUCAAUGAAGGAGAAUUUGUCAUGUACAGACACAAUAAUAUGCUGUAUGAGGUGCGUAAUUUUAAUCGUCGCUGUAAUGGACGGGCUAUUUGUACCUGUGCAGUGGGCAUUAGAUCAGGGGAUGAUGUGGUUGUGAUUGACAAAUGUGGCAAAGGAAUGACCCAGCAGGCCAAUCAACCAAUCAGAGUGUACCUCUUUAAGAAUGGAGAACUAAGUCCUGGUACAAAAGUGUACAGACAGGCUGAAGGAAGAAAAUUUAAGGUCAUGCUUCCCAAAGGAACUUCGGUAACCAUCAAAGUGUCCCCAACUGGCCUUGAUGUCUGGCUGCAGGGAUCAAGUGUUGAUUUUAACAGUACUACUGGUCUUUGUGGUAAUUUCGAUGGUAGAAAGCAGAAUGAUUGGACACUCCCAGAUGGCUCUAUGUUUGAUGUUCCAGGUCUUCGCCCAGACCCAUUCUCUCUCUCCUGGAGAGUGAUGAAAAAUGAGAGUCUGCUAACAGGGUCAUGUGACCAAAUGACGGUAGUUGACCCAGAUUUAUGUGACUGUCCAUUAGGGGAUACUUCUUCUUGUCACUCUGGUGCUUGCUACCAGUUAUGUCCCCUGAACAGAAAACAACAGAAAGAUGACCUAACACAAAUACUGGUUGGCAGAUCUAUGUGCAUGGCAUCUGUUGGCUGUAAUGAAACAAUGUAUGAAUAUGAUGAAGAAUACAAAGCAAAGGAUGUUGACUGGCCCACUAUGUCUAACGUCACUUAUGAGAUGGCCAGAAAUCACUGCCUUAGUGUUCUGGAGAACAGCAUGAGGGCCUCUCUCUGUUCCAAUGUCACAGACACUUCAGAAAUCCUUGACCUUUGUAUAGCAGAGAUCAAGAUAGAGGACUCAUUUAAUUUGGCCUCAACUGUACUAGAACAUUUGGUGGAGAUCUGUGAGGUUGAGUUGACACGUAAUGUGAGUUUAUGGACAAAUGACAGUGGGAUGCUUGCUCCAGAUAGCUCAAUUCUUGGGAAGCUCUGUCUUAACAACUGUAGUGAGAGAGGACAGUGUGUGAAUGGGACAUGUGAGUGUGAUCCAGAUUUGGGUGGUGCUGACUGCUCUGUCAACAUGACAGUGGUGCCAGAUUUAUGGUUCCUCAGAAAUAAUGGACUUUAUGACCUCAAUGAGAGGCAGUGCAGUGAUGUGGCAGUCUUUGGAACAACAUUUGUCAUGUCGGACAAACUCAUGUGUAGAAUCGAACCAGUUAAGUUGUUGGAUGGAGGUUACAACAGAACAGAAGAGGAAAUAUAUGUUCCUGCCAUCCUGGUGACCUAUAAUGAAAUACUCUGUCCCCUUCCAUCCAGGAGUAGCUACUUUAUAGCAGUAUCUAAUGACAACAGUACUUGGAGCUCAUCCAGUCUUCUGACUGUAUUCGACAGCAGGUGUCAUGAGUGUACAAGAUCUGGAAUGUGCCGAUUCAAGGAACAAAAAUGCUUUAUUGAGAAUGUGUGCUACAACAUUGGCGAGUUUAACCCCAUCAACUCCUCUCUGAUUUGUAAUCCUUAUGAGAAUUAUGACAUGUGGAGUGUCAAAAGAGAUCAUCCUCUUGUCCGAGACCAACCUGUGCUGUCCACAUCUUACAACCAGACCACUGGUCAGUUCUUGUUCAGAUGUGAGGGAAUGGUCAGGAUGGAGAAUGCUACCCAGUCAUUUGUUGUCUGGACUGUUGAUGGAAAGGAGAGGAUGAUGUCAGAGGUCAACAGAACAGAUGACAGGAAGUUUACAUCUGACAUAUCAUACCAAGACUUAGCUAAUUUCACCUAUGGCUCCAAGGUGGAGUGUGGAGUAAAGGCAUGUUUUAUCAAUGACUGUGAGAACACAACCAGCCCUAUCCUGAAUAGCAAACCCAUCACUUUGGCUGUCAAAAUUGUUGAAAGAGAUAUUGAAGUUGUUGAGGGAGGUGAAUCCUCCAACAUUGAAAUUGAGUUGGAGUUUCCUCCCUUUAUCUUCUGUUCCGCGGAUGACUGUGAGGUCGUGGUGAGACCAGAAGUCAGAGGAGACAAGGAGUUGAAAUGUGAGGACAAAGGUGUGACGCAGAUCUUAAUAGUGAGGGAUUCAGAAAAGGAGGGACUGAGGAUAACAAGGAAUAACUGGAGGAACAGACUUGUGAUCCCUGUACUGGCUAACAUGGACAUGCUGAAGGAUGGGGACCAAGAGAGGGAGUUAACUCUAGUCUCCUUUGUCAGGGAUGGCAAUAUGACAAGUAGAAACAAUAUGACAGCAAAUAUAAAGGUAAAAGUUAUGGACAGACAUGAAUCUCACCUGUGCAGUUCUAUCAAUGAUCCACAUAUGAGAACACUAGAUGGAAGGAAAUAUAACAACUUUUAUGAAGGUGAAUUUGUGCUGUACAGACACACUACAAGUCAUUAUGAGGUACGAACUUUCUACAAAAAUUGUAAUGGAAAGGCCUCCUGCAACUGUGCUGUAGCUGUCAAGGUGGAUGAUGAUGUCAUAGUGAUUGACAGGUGUAGCCAGGUCAAAGGUGGAAAGGUCACCACCAAACCUAUUCAGAUCAGAUCUUAUGUUAAUGGGGAGCUAACUCCAGGAUUCAGAGUCUACCAGACAGGACAGGAAUACAGGAUUUAUAUGCCCUCAGGAACCUAUGUGGUUGUUAAGAAUGGCAAGAGAAGAACAAGUCAAUUUCUGAAUGUUUGGCUCCAUGCCUCGCCUAUGGACUUCAACCGAACAGAAGGACUGUGUGGGACCUUGGACAAUAGAAAAGACAAUGAUCUAAUGAAACCUGAUGGUACUGUAGUAAAAACUAACCAAAAACGCCCCAAUGCCUUCUCCAUCAGCUGGCGAGUCGACCCUGAAGACACUCUAUUCAAUGGAUUCUGUCCAGACUUGACUUCUGAUGUAAGGACACCAGAGAUGUUUUACUGUGACCCUGUCAAUAACUUCACCUGUUCUAAAUUGUCUACAGACUUCACUUGUCAGCAGACAAAACUCAGAGGCAAAGACAUCACAGAUGAAGUCUUGAAAUUUGCAAUGGCUCCCAAGAAGUGCAUCACCUUGCAACCCCAGAUUGUGUUUGAAUAUGAUGUUAACUAUACAACACCAGAAAUUGUUUGGCCCAGGAAUGGUAUGAAUGCAUCCAUGGCUUACCAGCACUGUUUAAAUUUUGUUUUAAACACCAAGAUUGGUUUUUCCUGUAACAAUAAGACAGGCCUAUCUGCAGCCAUAGGCCUGGAACUUUCUGUGGAAUCCUGUAUGGAAGACAUUGGACUUACUGGAGAUACAUCUUGGGAAUUUGAGGCUUUGGAGAGCAUCAAGAUAAAGUGUAUAACAGAGAUAGUAACAAAUGUAAACCUGUGGGUGAUGGUAGGAGGACAACCUGUCCCUGAGGAAGCUGUAGUGGAUAAUUACUGUAUAAAUGAGUGUAGUGGCAAGGGAACAUGUGUUAAAGGUCAGUGUCAGUGUGACCCAGGCUUUGGUGAUAUAGAUUGCUCUGUAGACAUCACAAUACCCCCCAAUGUAACAGACAUUCUGAAUGGUCAGUUGUGUGACAUUAGGGAGAGUGAGGAUGGAGACCAGUGUAAGAGGAUCUUCCUGAUUGGAGAAAAUUUCCAGAAUAAUGACUCUCUUGUCUGCCACUAUUUUAAUGGGCCUGGGAGACCAGCAACGUACCUGAGCUCAGAGUCAGUUGUUUGUGAAAUGUUGACACCCAGGACAGCCAACAUAACUGUGAGCUAUGGUGGAGAGAGACAGAGUAAACCCAUCAGAUAUGUUGUGUAUGACUCUUUCUGUACGCAUUGUGAUGAGGACACUCUGGUCUGUGUUGACAGGAAUGAUACCUGUAAGAUUGGUGGCCAGUGUUACUCUGCUGGGGCUGUGUUUGAUCAGGAUAAUAGAUACGUCUGUAUGCCUGACAUAAACGGAACCACGUGGACAAGGAUAGAAACCACUGCUAUCACUGCUUUGAGAAUUACAUACAUCUCCAUUAUCAACAAUGUGUUACUUACCUCCCUUGGUAACUUCACGGUGGGAAGAAUUGUACCAUUGUUGGUGGAUGGAUGGAAAGGAGGGUUAGCAUUAAGGUUUGAUGGACAGUCCUACAUAGAAGAUAAUGACCAGAACAGUUGUCUAAGGAAUCCAGAGCUCUGUCUGCAGUUUGGAUUUUCCUACAAAUUCUCACUGAAAGUGUCUUCUAUGAUAGACGAUUCUUACAUCUUCUCGUCUGGUGGAGAUUUGCCAGGCUACAGAGGGGUUUCUCUGUACCUCAGAGGAGGUCGCAUGUACCUGACGUUAAGUACUGAAAGUUUUGAAUGGACGGUGGUUACAGUCUUUAGAAAAAUUAAUGUUUAUUUUGAUUUUGAGUUUUCGUGGGGACUCAGCUAUGGUUUGGAGUGUUUCAUGGAUGGAGUAAGUGUGGGAAGGACAAGGGCACCAGUCAAGAGGACAGUUAAGGGAACUAAAUUACAUGGAUUCAGACUUGGUGGGCCGGUGCCUGGAGGGAGACGAGUGGCAUCUAAAUGUGAAGUGGGAAGUACUACCUUAGUGAAGGCUGAGACCAGAAUCAUUACAGCUAUAGGAUUUGUUAUUGACAUUCCUGAACUGACCAGUGCUCCAGAGCUUUCUGCAUCCUACAGUGAGAACGAUACAGAGGCCCAAUUUCAGUGCAAGUUUGAACGCUUGCCUCGGGGAGAUGUUGCAUACAAAGUUCAGUUCUUUGUGGAUGACAAAAAGGUUAAGGAUGUAGGUCUGGUAGAUGGCAAGGCUGAGAAGUACAUCAUGUCAGAAUCAGAGUAUGGUGAAGGAGGCUAUGGAGUUAAGACAUAUUGCAUGGUGACACCUUGUUAUGUAUACAGUUGUGCAACUACAGAGGGACCUGCACGUAAAAGUAACAUCAUCACUGCUGAAGUCCAGGUUGUCACAAAGGAGAUAACAGUUGUAGAAGGAGGUCUGCCAGGCGAUGUCAAUAUUCGACUGACAGUGCCACCUAGGUUACUGUGUCGACCUGAAGACAGGGCCAAUAACUCCUGUUAUGUCAAAGUUAACACGCAAUUCUCUGAGAUAGAACAACUCUGUCCUAACUCCAACAGGCUAAAUCAGGCUGUGAUUGGAUACAGUGUCUCCAAUGAAGUGACCACUCCAUUCUGUGGUAACAUGAUCACAAUGAGGACCUGGGAGAGGAUCACAGUUAUUCCAGUGUUUGCUUCCAUUGACCUCCUCUAUGACAAAGACAAAACGAGGACUCUGUCUAUCGUGUCAGAGGUCAGCUGUCAGGGCAGUGUCAACUACACCGCUAAUACCAGCCUUGUCAAAGUGAAGGUGAAGGAUGGGGACAAGAGUGCUGUGUGUAAAUCUAUCAAUGAUCCUCACAUGACCUCUUUUGAUAAAUGGCACUACAAUAAUUUCUUGGAAGGAGAGUUCAUUUUAUACAGACACAAAACCCUUCCAUAUGAAGUCCGUACCUUCUAUCGUAAAUGUAAUCGGGGACGUGCCACCUGUAAUUGUGCAGUGGCUGUCAGAUCAGGUGAUGAUGUUAUAGUGAUUGAUAGAUGUGGUCCUACUGUGACAACCACAGGGAAAUACAAACCCAUAAAGAUCACACUGUAUCUCAAUGGUCAGCUUACAAAGGGGACCAAAGUCUUGUCCUAUGGAGGAGGAAAGAAAUAUGAAGUUCACUUGCCUCAUGGUGCCAUAGUGGUGGUUGCCAAUGGUAAAGGAAAGAGACCACAGUUCAUCAAUGUCUGGCUCAAAGCUUCUCCAGCUGAUUAUCAACAAACAGAAGGACUUUGUGGUGUUUGGGAUGAUGACAAGAAUAAUGAUAAAAUAAUGAGAGAUGGAACUAUGUACAGUCCAAAGAAAAAAUCAAAACAAGCCACAGAGUACUCUAGAAGCUGGAGGAUUGACGAGGCAAUGGAGGAUUCACUGUAUACAGGAUUCUGUCCUGAAGAUUUGGAGGCAGAGACCCAGUUUAACUACUGCACCUGUAAUACAAACACACAAACUGAAUGUUCUGAUGAAGCUAUCAUACAGAACUGUGCUCCAGCACUGAAAACCAAGAAAGGCAAAAAGAGGGGGAAGGACAUCACAGCCGAGCUAAUAUCAAAUAAUGUCGUGGAGACAACCAAGUGUUUCCUUCAGGAGCCCCAGGUGUUAUUCCAGUACAAUGCCACUCAUGUUGGACCUGAAUUAGGCUGGCCAACCCCCAAUGGAAUCACCCUGGAACAGGCCACUUUAUACUGUAGGAAUUACGUUACCCUGUCUGCCUCUGGUAGCCUCUGUCAGAAAGUCAAUAAUGUAGAGCUUGAUGUAGCUCUGGACAACUGUAUAGAGGACAUUCAGCUGACUGAUGAGCGAGACUGGGCUAUUGAGACUUUACAGAAUGUAAACCAGCAAUGUCAGAUUGAGAUUGUAUUCAACAUCACUAUCUGGGUCACCGUAGGAGGAGAAUUAGUCCCUCCACAGGACGUGUUUGGAGCUAUAUGUCCAGCAGACUGUAGUGGAAAUGGAAAAUGCAAUGAAGGAGUGUGUGACUGUGACACCGGUUUUGUUGGAGACGACUGCUCUAUUGCGGAGACUGAUCCCCCAGAACUGGAGUCCAUUCAGGGUGGGACCUUGAUAGACAUCAGUGUGGGUGUGGUCAAACAUCUUGUAGUGUAUGGGGCAGAUUUCGUAGAUGGAGACAGGCUCACUUGUCACUACUUCCUGGCUAAUGGAACAGAACUGAAGCUUUUGGCAGUCUAUGUAAAUAAGGACAAUAUUUUGUGUCCUUGGGCGGGAGUCAGUGGUCUGUAUGAACUAAGGGUCAGUAACAAUGGGGUCAAGGUCAGUGGACGCUUACAAUUGGUGGUGUACAACUCCCUGUGUGAGACCUGCACCCUGACUCGGUGUAGCCCCAGGCAAGAUGUCUGUGUUAUCAAUGGUAUAUGCUACCAAGAUGGUUAUGUCAAUCCCAGAGAUAUCAAGCAAGUGUGCUACACUCAAAAGAAUACAACCACAUGGAGUGUUCUCACCAAGACAGAAGUAACAGUAAGGAGGUAUGGCUUUCUGAGACUUGUAGGUAACAUUCUGUAUACUCUCACCGUCAACAUUCGCUUCACCCUCUUUGGUUCUCCUGGUUUUGUCACCGGUCCUACUGGUGCAAAGGCCCUCCUUUUAAACGGCAAUGACCAGUUUGUGGACAUGGGUGACCAGACCACUCAGUGUAUAGGAAACCUAGACACCUGUAAAUUGGGACUUACUGUUAAAUUCAACCUAAAAGUAAUCAAGUUCUCUAAGAAAAUGUACAUCUUUUCCAAUGGUGGAGAUGAGCCAGGCUAUUAUGGAAUGGCCAUGUGGUAUGAGAGAAAGAGGCUGUACCUAUCCAUAAGCACUUCCUCUAAGAUCUGGACAGUUAGUACAAAAUUCACCACAGUUAACAGAUUCAUGGCUAUCCAGUUCUCCUGGAGUGUACAGCUAGGAGUCCGGCUUUACUUGGAUGGUGUUUUGGUCAGCAGAAAGGAGAAAUAUUAUAAGAGAAGCGUUAAGAAUCUGAAUAGGAAGUUUUAUGUUGGCUGUUCUAUAAAGAAGAAAUACUUCUCCAAUAUUGUGAUAGAGGGAUGGGAUAUUGCUGAAGCUGUCACUGAUGUGGUUAAGGAGUUGGAUGUCAGGAUUGAACCUCCCGAGUUCAAAGAAGCACCAUCUUUGGAUAUAACUGUGAACAGAACAACCCAAGAAACGGAAUUCCUGUGCAGGUUUAAAGAACUAGAGAUCCCAAAUCUACAGUAUACUGUACAAUGGUACCUCAAUGAUAAACAACUGAAGGAGGAAGUACUAGACGAUCAGACUGAAAGCUCCAUGAAUGAAAGCUACAUCACACAGCUUGUGUAUGGGGACAAGAUAAAAUGUAGUGUGUCUGCCUGUGAACAAGGAAACUGUGAGAACACAAGAGGUCCAUGGAGGGACAGUGUCAUACUGACAGCCCAAGUCCAGCUGAGUGAAACAAAGAUAACGACAUAUGAAGGAGCAUCCCCCACUAACAUCAGAGUAACCUGCACUGUACCUCCAAGGCUGUUCUGUGAGAAAGAGGACAGGGAGAAGUAUUGUGAAAUAGGUGUCUCCACUGUACUUGUUAAAGAGAAAGAAACUAAAUGUCCUAGUUCAGGAGAAGAGAUCACACAGGUCGUAUUUGGGGUGUACAAAUCCAACACCUACACAAAACCAUGCUCACAUCUAAUCACCAUGGAUACCUGGCACUCGGGUUUGCUGCUUCCAGUCAAGGCCACGAUAGACAGUCUCAAGGACAAAGAUAAGAAAAGAAAUGUCCGUGUGUAUGUCACUAUGGCAGUACAAUCUGUUGAGUUCUUCAAUCAACAGAUAAGCACUGUAGAGGUAACAGUUAAAGAUAGAGACAAGACAUCAACCUGCUCCUCCAUCAAUGAUCCACACAUGACCACAUUUGAUGGAAGGUAUUACAACAAUUUCUUGGAGGGAGAAUUUAUUUUAUACAAACACAAAUCUUUGCCAUAUGAGGUGCGGGUAUUCUAUCGUAGUUGUAACGGUAAGGCAUCUUGUAACUGUGCCGUGGCUGUUCGUUCAGGGGAUGAUGUCAUUGUCAUUGACCGAUGUGGACCAUCCAUGGGCAAGUCCUCCAACAAAAGAAGGAUGAAACUCAAGAUGUAUCUCAAUGGAGACCUUACUGAGGGCACUGAAGUCCUCAGAAAAUCAGGUGGAAAGAAAUACUGGAUUGUCUUACCUACUGGAGCUACAGUUGUAGUGAUGAAUGGGAGAAAGAGAACCAGUCAGUUUAUCAAUGUUAAACUGAAGGCAUCUUCUGCUGACUACGGCAACACAGAAGGUCUGUGUGGUAUCUUUGAUGGUGACAAGACAAAUGAUCUGACAAAGAGAGAUGGAACUCUGUAUGGGGGAAGAGGGAAACAACCAACAGAGUUCUCACAAACAUGGAGGGUGUCAAGAGAGGAGAGUCUGUACAGAGGAUACUGUCCUGGUGGGGACACGAGGACUGUAGAGGACACAUACUGUGACUGUAUGGAGGAUCAGGACCCUGUCUGUCAAGAAGGAUUGGACAUCAUGGCCUGUGAAGAAAUAGAGAAGAGAAAAAACAAAUACAAGUACAAAAAAGGAGUGAAGAAUUUGACCCAGAAACUCAUUCGGGAAGCACAGUCCCCUCCAACUCGAUGCGUGUCCACACAGCCACCAGAGGUGUUUGAAUAUGACCCAAAGUAUAUUCAAAAGGAGUUGACAUGGCCAACACCAAAUGGUAUCACCAAAGACAGAGCCAUAUCAAUCUGUCAAGGUUUUAUAGAGUCCAAAGAGUCUGGCAGGAAGUGUCUGGGUGUACCUGGUAUGGAUUUUGAACCCAUUCUGGAGGGUUGUCUGGAAGACAUCCAGCUGACAGAUGACCUGACCUGGGCCAAUGAGAGUUUGGACAAUCUACAGGAACAGUGUCUAGUCAUCAUUGAGGUAGACAUUACUCUGUGGGUCACUAUAGAGGGAGGUGUAGUGGCCCCUCCCCCAACAAUAACAGGAGCCAUUUGUCCCAACAGCUGUAAUAACAAUGGAAAUUGUGUAGAUGGUCUCUGCCAGUGUGAUCAUCCAUGGAUUGGAGACGAUUGUUCGGUUAACAUUAAUAAACCACCAGAACUGGACAUUGUCGGUGAAGGAAAGCCAUGUGAUCUGAAUCGUUAUGAUUGCAAUUCUGUGAACUUAUUUGGAGAUGACUUUGCUGAAGUGGAGAAUCUCACUUGUCAUUACAGAAAUUUAGCACCAAACCUGACAGUAAUAUCCAGUGUGAAUACCAGUAAAGCUGAGUAUGUGAAUUCUGAGACAGUGGUGUGUACGUUCCCGGGAGAAGGAUUGUACGAGGUAGCAGUCAGUAACAAUGGGGAGACCACUAGUGAAUACAAAGUCUAUAUCAUCUAUAACAGCUACUGUAAUCGAUGCACUCUGACAGGCUGUGCAAGAAGGACUGAUAUUUGUGUGAUUGCUGGGGUGUGCUAUGAAAACGGAUUUGUCAAACCUGAUCAGAAGAACCUAGCUUGUCUCCCUGAUUACAGCACAGACUCAUGGACUGUAUUAAGAGUGGAUGUUAUAUACGAGUAUAGGUUAUACUUUCUGAGGAUUGCUGGGAGUUAUCUAGUGACUGAGGCAGGAAAUAUUCUCCAGCGUGGUAACAUGAACCUGCGUACAAACAGAAAUGGAAAAGAGUCCUUGACAUUUAAUGGUGUUGACCAGUACUUAAACUUGCCCCAUCAUCCAGGAUUAUGUCUUUCUGACCCAGAUUUCUGUAACCUUGGGAUUACAUUUUCUUUCACCAUUCGCUUCCUCAGCCUAAGAGAUGACAUGUAUAUUUAUUCUAGCUGUGGCUCAAACCCUAGAAGUGUAGGAUAUGACCUCCGUUAUGUCAACAAGCGUUUUAUAUUCACGGUUAGCACCAGGAGCCGAGAAUGGAGUGUUGAGUUCAACGAUGUUAAGACUGAUGUCUUCUAUGCCUAUCAAUUCUCUUGGAGUGUACAGUAUGGUCUGGUGUUUUACAUUGAGGGAGUGGAGGUUUCACGAACCACAAAGUAUACCAAUAGGGAUGUAUCUUUGCCAGAAAAAUGUCCGAUCUAUAUUGGAACAAACCAAGACCAGUCGUCUUUUACUAACAUGGAGCUUGAAUACUUCCACAUUCUGCUGGCUUCUAGAGACAUACUGAUUCAGCUGGGUUACAUCAUUGGGUUUCCGGAACUCACCCAAUCACCUUCCCUCCGAAUUGUGGCUAAUCCAGAUGAAAGUGUUCAGUUUCAAUGUGAGUUUACUCAACUGGCUGCAGAUGUGGAUUAUAUAGUGGAAUUCUAUGUCAACAAUAGAAUGGUUGCUAAUGCAACCAACAACACUAGUCCAGUUAUGAUUAGUGAACAUGAUGCUGGUGAUCUCACAUAUGGAAGUUCAAUGUAUUGCGAGGUUAGUGCAUGUUACAGGGAUCGAUGCAGUGCAUCCCGAGGACCAGCUAAGCGUAGCAGCAUUGUUAGGAUGGUUAUGGAGUUUGAUGAGGAAAAGAUGGUCAUUUAUGAAGGAAAGAAACCAGAGAAACCUCUCCGAGGGCGAAAUCUGAUUCCUCCGAGACUGUUCUGUCCAGCUGCCAGUCGAGAUAAUUGUAAAUUAUAUGUUGUCUCUUCACUCAAGACAAACUCCAGAGAGACAAAGUGUCUAGAUGGCAGUACAAUGCAACAGCUAGUUUUCCGAUCUCCAGAAACAAAUAAUUCUAUGUGUUCAUAUCCCAUCACAUGGGGUCGAGAUAUAGAAAUUGAAAUUGAGGCAACUGUUGAUCAGAUAAAAGAUGGAAAAAAAUCUCGUACCAUUCAGAUCCAGCUCUUAGUGAUGGUGGGAAGUUUGAGGACCCUGUUUGACGUGGCCAGAAUUCCUGUUGAAAUCCGGGACUCAAAAUCUGUCGUGACAUGCCGGUCCAUCAAUGAUCCUCACAUGACCACUUUCGAUCAGAAGAAAUAUGACAACUUCUUUGAAGGAGAAUUUGUGCUCUAUCGCCAUAAGACAUUACCCUAUGCUGUACACACGUUCUACAGAUCUUGUAACAAAAAAGCUUCCUGCAAUUGUGCUGUGGCUGUGAGAUCUGGAGAUGAUGUCAUUGUGUUGGAUGUAUGUGGCAAAACUAGACGUACAGGCAAAAAGAAACGACGCCCACUGACCAAAAAACUCUAUCUGAAUGGGCAGCUAACCCCAGGAACCUCAGUCUAUCAGCACAGAAAGGGAAAGAAAUAUGAGAUCAAUCUGCCCACUGGAGGACAGGUGAUUGUUAAGCCCCAGAGAGACUUUAUCAAUGUCUGGAUGAAAGGAUCACCAUUAGAUUAUGAAAAUGUUGAAGGUCUGUGUGGAAAUUAUGAUGGUGAUAAGGACAAUGAUUUGGUAACAAAGGCUGGGGUAAAAGUCGAUAAAAAGCAGCCUGAUGAAUUCUCUGUGGAAUGGAGAGUACCUGAGUCUGAGUCCCUCUACUCUGGAUACUGUGGUGUUGUCUCUACUGACUCCUCUCCUGAUGAGCCUGAGUACUGUGAGUGUGAGGCAGGAAUGAUCCCUCAGUGUAGGGCCAGCCCUGUCAGUGAUUGUGGAAGCUUCUCAAAGGCCACUAGCAAGAAAAAAGGCAAAAGCAAGAAACUUGUAGACAUUACACAGGAUUUGAUUGAUGAGUCACAGCAGUUCUUCUGUCAGUCCACUAUUACCAGGAUCAUAUUUGAAUUCAACAUCACCUAUGUCUUCAUUGGUGCUACAUUCCCCACACCCAAUGGAAUCACACGGGAGAUGGCAGUUAACAACUGUACCCAGUUCAUCGCUCAGUCCUCUGCUGGUGAUGCCUGUGGUGCUAUUGCCAAUGUUGAUAAGAUAGGAAACCUAGAAAACUGCAUUGAUGACAUCAUGAUAAUGGACAGCUUAGAGUGGCUGGUAACAGCUCUAGAAAACUUACAAGAACAAUGUGUGACUGCCAUAGAAACCGAUGUGACCUUGUGGAUUACUGACGGGGGCAGUGUCCCAGAACUUCCUGCAGUCAUUGAGGCCAUUUGUCCUGACGAUUGUAACAAACAGGGUGCAUGUGUCAAUGGGUCCUGUGUAUGUAAUGCUGGUUUUGAUGGGGAGGAUUGUUCAUUGUUGACCACUAACCCCCCCGAUGUAGUGGGCGUGGUUGAUGCCGUCUGUGACCUGAGUCAGGGACCCUGUCUCUUCUUCUUCGUUCAAGGCUUUGGUUUCUUGGAUCAACCUUCACUCACCUGUCAUUAUACAUUAGCUGAAAACAAUUCAAUGGUCAACACAUCAGCUAUAUUCAGAAGUGAGGAGGAGGUGAGAUGUCCUGCCUAUAGAGGAAAUCUGUCUAUCAGUAAUGACGGACUUCUGAUCAGUGUUUCAGUACGAGUUGUAGUGUACGACUCGGUGUGUGAGAUCUGUGACGAUACUUCCUGUUCUCUUAGGACUGACAUUUGUAAGAUCAAUGGGAAGUGCUAUGCUGAUGGCUUUGUCAAUCCUUUGGAUGCCACUCAGAUCUGUGAUAUCAAAAUAUCCACAACACAAUGGGAAACCCUUAAUAUCCGUAACAUCAUUAUCAAGAACUACAUCUUUAUAAGAAUUUUUAAUCAGCUCUUGAUCACUAAGACUUUCAACAUCACCAUUGGUGGAACAGGCAUCCCAAAACUAAUUCCUGGUUUUGCUGGAGGAAAUGCAGUUGAUUUGGAUGGAAAGCAGUAUCUAACUUACGGAGAUCAAACAACAUCUUGUUUUGGUGAUGUGGAGAAAUGUACAAAGGGAGUCACUAUACGAUUUAACUUAAAGCUGAAAAAACACAGCUCUAAAUGUUACGUGUUCAGUAACGGUGGAGAGGAAGCCACAAAUUAUGGCUAUGCUAUGUGGUUUGAGAAUAACAAACUCUACACCAGAACCAGCAACAGAAAGUCAGAGUGGACCAUUUCCACUUCAUCCAUCAAGGUGGAGACAUUCAUGCAGGUGGAAAUGUCUUGGAGUCUUCAGAGUGGAUUGCAGCUAAGUAUUGACAAAAAAGUUCAGGCAUCUAGCAAGAGAUAUGUCAGUCGACCUGCAAAUAUAUACUCUGCUGUCAGAGACUUUGUAAUCGGUGGAUCAUCCAAGAAAGAUAAGAACUGUGGAAUGGCCAUUGAUUCCUUCACUAUAGUGUUUGCCUCAACAGAAAUUAUCACUGGAGCAGGAAUCAAGACAGAGUUACCAUCUUUCGAGAAGUCCCCCUCUUUAACCCGUCACAUGAACAAUGACCAGGUGUCCCUCCUGUGUUCGUUUGAGUCUCUCUCCCCCUCCCAUUCCUACUCUGUUUCCUGGUAUGAGGACGACAGGCUCCUGAAGACUGCUGAUAUUGGAAAUGAGACCAGAGCUACACUCACUGAACAAGACAUGGGAACACUGACAUUUGGAGCUGAGCUGUACUGUGGAGUAUCAGCCUGUCUGACUGACAACUGUGAUAACACCAGAGGUCCUGAGAAACGCAGUGACAAAAUCAGUACAGCCAUCAAGCUGGUGUCAAGUAAGGUCACUGUUUUUGAGGGAGGAGAUACGGAAUGUGUGAAGUUGGAGACCCCAUUCCCGCCCAGACUUUUCUGUAACUCUACUGAUAAUACCACCACCUGUGGCAUCCAUGUUUCCUAUGGCUUCCAAUCUCACAGACAGACCAAGUGUGCCACUGGCCGCUACAUACCUCAGGCCGUAUUCAAACAGAGUGAUGAGGUCAAAACACCAGGGUGUGGAGUCACCAUCACUGACACUCAGUGGACGAAGCAGACCUGUGUCAAUGUUUAUGGAGUUCCAGAAGGACUGAAGGAUAAGAAUAAGAAUUUGAACAUCCAGCUUGAUGUGUCCAUUGUUAUUGGAACAGUGAUGUCCCCAAAACUGGUCAGCUAUACAGUGAAAGUUGAGGUCAUUGAUAAAGACAGGUUGUCAGUAUGUCGAUCUCUUGGAGAUCCUCACAUUACCACUUUCGAUAAAAGGACAUUUGAUGUCUUCCAAGAAGGAGAGUUCAUCUUAUACCGACACAAAACACUCCCUUAUGAAAUUCGAGCCUUCCACCGUUCCUGUCUCAAGCGUGCUGCAUGUAAUUGUGCUGUAGCAGCAAGAAUCGGUGAUGACGUCAUUGUUCUGGAUAGGUGUGGUGCAAACAGGAAAAAAGCCAAAAAACAGCCCCUGGUUCCCAAGCUAUAUCUGAAUGGAGAGUUGACUCCAGGCACAACCAUCAGCAGAUUCAACAAUGGAAGGAAAUACAAGAUUGUGUUCCCAAGUGGAGGAGAGCUAAUUGUGCAGGUCAACAGGAACAGGAAGGAAUUCUUACAACUCUGGUACAAGGCUUCAGCUGAUGAUUACCUCAACUCAGAGGGUUUAUGUGGUCAUUACGAUGGAGACUCCAGCAAUGAUCUGUUGUUCCCUGAUGGCAGGCUGUACUCAGGAAAAGAAAGGAGACCAAAGGAGUUCUCCAAGAGCUGGAGGAUUAAGGAGAUGGGACUUGAGACUCUUUACUCCGGUGUCUGUACAGACACAGUGAAUGAGGUCAUUCCUCCCGUCCCCAUGUUCUGUGACUGUAAUCUUGGAUCCACCCCAGUUUGUGGAACAGAUCUUGACAUAUCCUCAUGUGUCAAGCCUGACAAGAAGAGAAAGGGAAAGAAAAAAGGACUAGUAGGGGAGGAGAUUACAGACCUCGUUAUUCAGCAAGCUGUUUCCCCACCCCCCAUGUGUCUAUCUAGAUCAGCUCUCAUCUUGUUUGAAUACAAUGUUACCUACAUUGCUCCGGAUUACACAUGGCCGACAGCCAGUAACAUCACAGAGAGGCAGGCAUUCCAGAAAUGUAAAACAACAGUAGAGGCCAGUGUGGGAUUCCAGGGAUGUAAAAACGUCCCAGACAUUGGAUUCUCCAUCUCUCUCGACUCCUGUGUCAUUGAUAUUCAGAUAAUGGAUGAUUUUACCUGGGCCGAGGGAGCAUUAGCAGCUGUUCUUCAGCUCUGCCAGACUCAGCUGGAAGUCAAUGUGGAACUCUGGGUGAAUGUGUCUGGAGAUAUUGUCCCUAGUCCUGCAAUCAUUGACAAUCUUUGUCCUAAUGAGUGUAGUAAACAAGGAACAUGUAAAGAUAGUGAAUGUACCUGUAAUGCUGGUUACUAUGGAGAUGAUUGCUCUGUUGUCCUGACAACACCACCAACAUUUGAGGAUAUCCCCGACUAUCUCUGCGACCUGUUGAAGUCGGACUGUAGAAGUGUUGUUAUAAAUGGUGAUGGAUUCAUUCAGGUUGAAACUCUUGUCUGCAAGGUUCAAAAGCUGAAACGACAAGGAGUUGAAUUUGUAGUAGACGGCAGUUCUGUGACUGUCAAUGCCAGUUUUGUCAGUCGAGAACAGGUCAGCUGUAAACUGCCAGACUCUGGAAUCUACAAUGUCAGUGUCAGUAAUGACAGAAGUAAUUUCGGAGCCGAAUUGACUUUCAUCGGUUACGACUCUUCCUGCUACACCUGUGAUUUAUCUGGAUGUUCUCAAAGGACUGACAUAUGUUUAAUUGGAGGAAACUGUUAUGGGCGAGGAUUUAUGAAUGCUGGAAAUCCACUUGAGGUUUGUUCUCCUAACAGGACCACCACCGGCUGGACAACAGUCACACGUGACAUGGUGGUACAAAUAUCAUAUACCUUCAUCAGCAUUAUAAGCAACGUCCUCAUUACCCAGUCCACCAACUACACUGUAAUUGGAAAUCCCUUACUAGUGACUGGUCCCACUGGUGAAAAGGCUCUUCAGCUAGAUGGCUCCACACAGUAUAUAGAUUUGACCACAAGUGACAAUGGUUGUCUAAGUAAUCCUGGUCGGUGCGAGUUUGGCUUGUCUGUAACCUUCAACCUGAAAUUUGUGACUCUGACAGAAAACAUGUACAUUUUCUCAAAUGGUGGAGAUGAGCCAGAUGGAUUUGGGGUGGCCAUGUAUUAUCGUAGAAACCGGUUGUUCCUGACGGUCAGUACGGAGACCAAAGAAUGGACAGUGGAAACAACAAUGAUCAAGAUCAGUGUUUUCUAUAAGAUUGAUUUCUCAUGGAGUGAACAAAAUGGUCUUGUUUUGUACUUGGAUGAUAAGGAGGUAGCAUCUACAAGAGUUUACAUCACUAAGAUUGUCACAGUAUCCAUUACGACCAAAUUCUACAUUGGUUUGUCCAUCAAGACAAACAUCUAUGCUAACAUUGUUAUAGAUGGAUGGACAGUGACUGAAGCUACGAAAAAGAUUCGAGAUGAAGUUACCAUGGAGACCACCACAGAGGCUGGUACAACAACGGAAAUGUCAACAACAGAAAUGUCAACGACAGAAAUGUCAACGACAGAAAUGUCAACAACGGAGAUGUCCACAAUGGAAUCUACAUCAGAGACUAGUACAUUAGAUUUGACAGAAACAUCUACUAAAGUGACAACAAGUGAACAGACAACCACAGCUCCAGAGACAACUUCUGAGUCUCUUACAAGUGAGUCGACAACUUCUGAGAUACCAACAACUGAAGAUGAGACAACAACCAUAGAUACGUCCAGUGUUCCAACAACAAUAAGCACAACGGAAGAUCUUACAACCUCAGAACCUGAUACAACUACAACUUUGUUAGAAUUGACAACCACUAGUUCUGAACUGCCAACAACCAGUACUGAACCAGUGACAACCAGCACUGAACCAGAUACAACCAGCACUGAACCAGGUACAACCAGCACUGUACCAGAUACAACCACAGCUGAGCCAGUGACAACUAGUACUGAACCAAUUACAACCAGUACUGAACCAGUGACAACCACCACCAAAAUAUCAACAACUGAACAAGGUAUAACCACCUCCACAUUAGAAACUUUUACAUCUGAAACAACACAAGCAGUAACUACAGAACAGACUACUUCAGUAGAGCUAUUGACUUCUACAUCAGUAAAACCAUCUGCAACAUCACAACAACAAACAACCACAGAACAAGAUACAUCUACCUCAAUACAAAUGACAAGCACUACUACAACAGACCAACAAACAACGUCACAACAAACAACAUCACAAUCACUCUCAACAUCUACACAAGAGACAAGCACCACACACAUGACAACAGCUGGACCAGAAACAACUUCCACUACAGAGGGAGCUAAGGUGACAACGACCCAACCACAGACAACUAGGACCUCUUUAGAAACAACCACAACUGUUGGAACAACCACCACAGAAGCCCCAGGCACAACAACACCUUGUGUAAUCAGCCCUGUUUCCACAGCACCAACUCUGGACUACUCUGUCUCUGCUGACUACCAGAAGGUGUCUUUUGAUUGCUCUGUCACAUCAGCAGCAGGAAGUGAUACACAAUACACCAUCUGGUGGUAUGUAGGGGAGACAAUCCUCAGAAAACAGACUCUCACUUCAGGAACUACUGUAAACAGAAUGGAGUCAACUGAAAUCACCAACACAGUUGAUGCCCUUACACAGGGGGUAAGCUGUGGGGUGGUUGUAUCAAAGCCCAGUACCUGUGGACAGGUGACUAGCUCAGUAACAAGAAGUAGUAUUCUCAAGCACCAAGUCACAAUUAACGAGGCCUCAUACAUCAAGAUUGUAGAGGGUGAAGCAGCAUACCCAAUACAAGUGGACCUUUCCACAUCUGCCAAGUAUUACUGCUCCAUGAAGUACAAAGCAAACUGUGACAUAAGAUUUAAUGGAAAGGUAGUAAAAUCAAAUCUACCCAAGAGAUGUCCAGAUGGAGGGGAAAUCCCCAAUAUUGUGGUCAAGUCCUCACUAACUAAUGCUGCCUCACCAACUGAGGCUACCUGUGGUCCUGUGAUGAAAGAAAACUUGGCCUCUACCCAGAUUUACAUCAAGGCAAUGAUUGACAGGAUGAAAUUUGGAAACAAAAACAGUACAUUGAACAUCCUACAGGAAGACAAAGUGGGUCAAGAGCUCAAGGCUGAGGUCCUCCUGAAGAAAAUAGAGGUUGAAGUUGUUGAGAUGGACUCUUUAGACCUACGACACUGUCAGUCAAUUAAUGACCCUCACAUCAGAACUUUUGAUGGAGUCUACUUUGACAACUUCCAGCCAGGAGAGUACAUACUUUAUAGAAACAAAGACACUGAAGUAGAGGUACGUGCUGCAAUGGUGCGCUGUUCCAGUGGAACGUGUAACUGUGGAGUGAUGGCACGUUCUGGUGAUGAUGUCAUCAGGAUAGACAAGUGUAAGUGGGUCAACAAAACAUCUACUGCUUAUCCAAUCAAUGAUGAGCUCUUCACAAAUGGAGAACUGACACCCAGGACACAGAUCUUCCAGGAGAAGGAUGGCAAACAGUUCCAGAUCAUGUUACCCACAGGAACUAAAGUGACAGUCAAGGACUCAUAUCAGGCCUUUAUUAACAUCUUUAUUUACCCAUCAGCUGCAGACUUUAACAAAACUGAAGGUUUAUGUGGUACAUAUGACGGUAACCAAGACAACGACCUCUCAGAUCCCAAUGGGGUCAUUACAAAAGUCCCUGGCACAGAUGAACGACCAGAUGCAUACAGUCUGAAAUGGAGAACCUCCGAGUCGAACACACUGUUUAGAGGUUAUAGGUCAACAGUCUCCAUGGAGAUACCAGUUUACUGCUCUUGCUACAGUGAUGGAACAAAAUCAUGUGAUUUCUUUGGUGAUGUCAGCACAUGUGGAGUCACAAACAAAGGUGUGGAUUUAAAACCUGACCUCCUGACCCCACAACCUGGCCUAUUAACCCCCUCUGCUGUUGGCAGGCGUAAGAAGAGACAGGCUGUAGAUGACACUGUGACCUAUGAUCUAAACUACAAUGCUCCAGCUCCAAACUCUGCUUGGCCAUCCAAUCUAAACAUGACAGAAGAAGAAGCCAGACAGAGUUGUGGAAACUACCUCGUCAAUUCCAAGGCCGGCGUCAGCUGUCAGAAUCUGUUGUCUGGAAACUAUUCCCAGGACAUAGAUAACUGUGUGCAAGACUACAAGUUGACCGGUCUGACCAUCUGGAGGGAGGAUCACUUGGGAGGAAUUCAGCAGAAUUGUUAUGAGGAGGUUCUAAAGGACACAGCUAAAUGGACACAGGAUGACCCGAAUGCUGCCCCCUCUUUACCCACAACUAUUACCAAUUCUCUUUGUCCUUUGGACUGCAAUAGUCAAGGAAACUGUGUGGAGGGAGUCUGUGAGUGUAAUACUGGCUAUGGAGGAGCAGACUGCUCUAUAUCUGUCAGUUUAGCUCCAGUUGUUCUAUUAGAGGACUCCAAUGUAGCCUGUGAUACCCUCAAUAACAACUGUACACAAGCUGUCAUCAAGGGUGAUCGCUUCCUUAACAGUUCAACUAUCACUUGUCACAUGACAGAAAUUGAGAUUAAUGGAGAAGGUAUUUCUAGACGAUCACCAAACACCAUAGUAAAUACUGCCAUCUUUAAGAGUAUCUCAGCAGUUCACUGCACCCUCCCAUCCAAGAAGAGCUAUGCCAUCAAGAUCAGUAAUGAUGGAACACACACCAGUGUGGCUGAGUCUGUAUUUAUCCUCUAUCAGUCAGACUGUUACACCUGUGAUGUUGCUGCUGAUAGAACCCAUGGAAACUGCUCCAUGUUGACCUCGUCAUGUCUGAUUGGUGGCGUGUGCUAUGCAGGAGGAACCAGUAAUCCAAUCAACUCCUGUCAGCUGUGUACUCCCAGCACAUCUCAGUUCUCUUGGACUGCUUCAACUGCUGCAGGCUGUCCCACAAUAAGCAGUACCACUGAGCCGGUGCCUCCCAACAAGACAGCAGUCAACAUGAAUUCUCAGACAGUGGUCAUUGUAGCCUCACUGGCUGCGGCCAUCUUCCUGAUCAUCAGUAUUGUGCUGGCUGUGGUAUUUAUUGUUAGAUACAGAGCACAGAAAAAGAAAGAGAGAUUCAUGAAGCAGUAUGAUCCAGAACCUAGUGUAUUUAGUAAUGGAGCUUAUGAAAAGAAAGAAUGGCGACCAGCCUACAGUGACCCAACAGGUGCUUCUAUGUAUAACACUCAGACUGGGGGAAAUAUAGCUUUCUAUGACACACGAAUGGCUCUGGACGAUUAUUUUGAGUGAACGGAAAAAAAGUUGGUCCCACAACUGUAGGAGUAUUUUUGGAAUGUAUAUUUCUGUAUGACUUUUUUAAAAUAUGAAAGUGAAGAAAAGUGCAUCUUUAUUUUGUAUACCGGUUUAAAAUGUUUUGAAAUGUGAUAAAAUAUAAAAUGCAUAAUUUAAAGAAUUGAGUAUGUGUGUAUAUUUUUAAAUUCUGAUAGAUAUGUUACAUUUAUUACAGAUGUGCUGAAUAUUACCCAUAUAUAUUUUUAUUUUUUUAAAUUUUUUAACAUGAUAAAUAAACCCUUGUAUUGUCUGAUGAUAACAAGGCAUUUUAUUUCAAAUGAGUUUUAUCGUUUCCAAAGUUUGAUAUAGGGUAAAAGUUUUAAAUUGGUGCUUUUAUCUACAUUUUCCAUGUACAGCAUGUGCAUCAAGUGCAUGAUAAAUUUCAAUUUUUUUGUAUUUCAUGUUUAUAUGCUUCAUUAAUCAGACACUAUGUGCCAAGUCCAUUUCUUUUAGUUUAUUAUUUUAUUCAGUCCUACUGAAGUGUAACAAUAUGAAGCUGAUUCUUUGAUUAUGCAUCUAUUACUGGAAGUCCAAUAAAGCAUACCGAAAUCCCUGGUGAUUUCCAAUUUUUGAGAUAAUUACACAAUAUAUGUGCCAGUCUUUAUAUUUUCUCUGUUACAUGUAUGAAAUAUGUCUGAUUACAAUAAAAAGUCAAAUUGUU